AUGUCACAAGUCACCACCUCUUAUUCCUUUGAUGCACCCACGGACUACAUCAAUUUCACAUCUUUGAAUGAUGAGGAAGAUAACAGAAAUGUAGAUUCCUGGUUUGAGGAGAAGGCCAAUUUGGAGAAUACAUUUCUUGUGAAGAAUGGAACAGGAGGACUUUUUCAGGGUAAAACUCCUCCGAGAAAGAGUAAUCGCCAGCAAGCUAUCGUUACACCUCUGAGACCAGUUGAUAACACUUACUACAAAGAGGCAGAAAAAGAAAAUCAGUUGGAACAAUCCAUUCCAUCAAAUACUUGCUCUUCCUUGGAAGUAGGGGGGAGUACAUCAAAAAAUACUCCAGCCCAUCCUAAGAGGAGAUCUAUUAGGCUCUCUGCUCAGAAAGAUUUGGAACAAAACCAUCAUGUAAAAAUGAAAGCCAAGAGAUGCGCCACUUCUGUAAUCAUUAAUGAAAUUCCACCCUCUAAAAAAAUGAAAGUUUCUAACAACAGAAAGAAGCCAGAGGAAGAAAGAAGUGCUCAUCAAGAUACUCCAGAGAAAACCAAGAGCAGACAUACUGUGUCUUGUACACCACCUGUAAGGCAAAAGGUUCUAAAAAGUACUGAGGAGCAAGAGUUGGAGAAGAGAGCGAAAAUGCAGCAGGAGGUGAUAGAAAUGCGGAAAAAAAAUGAAGAAUUCAAGAAACUUGCUCUUGCAGGAGCAGGGCAACCUGUGAAGAAAUCAGUCACCCAGGUAACCAAGUCAGUAGACUUCCACUUCUGCACAGAUGAAAGAAUCAAACAACAUAAGAACCAGGAGGAGUAUAAGGAGUUGAACUUUGCAUCUGAACUGCGAAAGCAUCCUCCAUCUCCUGCCCGAGUGAUUAAGGGAUGCACCAUUAUCAAGCCUUUCAAUCUGUCCCAAGGAAAGAAAAGAACAUUUGAUGAAAUGGUUUCUACAUAUGUGCCACUUGCACAGCAAGUUGAAGCCUUCCAUAAACGAACUCCUAACAGAUAUCACUUGAGGAGCAAGAAGGAUGAAAUUAGCCUGUUACCCUCCAAAUCUGCUGCAGCCAAGAUGUGCAGAGACCCACAGACUCCCGUACUGCAAACCAAACAGCGCACAAGGCCCGUAACCUACAAAAGUGCAGCUGAUCAAGAAGCUGAGCUGCUUGAGAAGCUACAACAAUACAAAUUCAAAGCACAGGAACUUGAUCCCAGAAUUCUUGAAGAUGGGCCCAUUUUGCCCAAGAAACCACCUGUGAAGCCACCCACUCAGCCUAUUGGCUUUGAUUUGGAAAUUGAGAAGAGAAUCCAGGAGCGAGAGUCAAAGAAGAAAUCAGAGGAAGAACACUUUGAAUUUCAUUCCAGACCUUGCCCCACCAAGAUCUUAGAAGAUGUUGUGGGUGUUCCUGAAAAGAAGGUACUGCCAAUCACCGUCCCCAAGUCCCCAGCCUUUGCUUUGAAGAACAGAAUCCGAGUGUUCACCAAAGAAGAAGAGGAAGAGGAGGAGCCAGCAGUGAUCAAGGCUCAACCUGUGCCACAUUAUGGGGUGCCUUUUAAACCCCAAAUCCCAGAGGCAAGAACUGUGGAAGUAUGCCCUUUCUCCUUUGAUUCUCGGGACAAAGAACGGCAGCUACAGAAGGAGAAGAAAAUAAAAGAACUGCAGAAAGGGGAGGUGCCCAAAUUUAAGGCACUUCCUUUGCCCCAUUUUGACACAAUUAACCUGCCAGAGAAGAAGGUGAAGACUGCAACCCAGAUUGAGCCUUUCUGUUUGGAGACUGACAAAAGGGGUGCUCUGAAGAUGCAGACUUGGAAGCACCAGCUGGAGGAAGAACUGAAACAGCAGAAAGAAGCAGCUUGCUUCAAGGCCCGUCCAAACACUGUCAUCUCCCAGGAACCCUUUGUUCCCAAGAAAGAGAAAAAAACAGUUGCUGAAGGCCUUGCUGGUUCUCUAGUUCAGGAACCUUUUCAACUGGCCACAGAGAAGAGAGCCCAGGAACGGCAGGAGCUGGAAAAGAAAAUGGCUGAGAUAGAAGCCCAGAAAGUCCAGCGCUUGGAGGAGAUCAGGCAACGGGAGGAAGAGCAGAAGAAGGAGGAGCUGGCCCAGCUACGGAAAGAACUGGUGCACAAGGCAAAUCCAAUACGUAAGUACCACACUGUGGAGGUUAAGUCAAGUGACCAGCCUUUGACUGUGCCUGUGUCUCCCAAGUUCUCUACUCGAUUCCACUGCUAA